CCGGAGGAGGAGCAACAACCGCGGCAGCAACUGGCCGCUCGCACAUGCAGCAGCUCCGGCGCCGCCUCCCCGCCAGGUCCUCCAGCGGGGACCUGCUGCUGGCGCCGCUCUCCGCUCCUUUUCACAUCCCGCUAAUUUCCCCGUUUAGCGUCUCGGAGAGUGGUGCCGGCGGGUGACCGCCUCCGCCCAGAGGAGCCAGCCGUCCAGGGUCUGUGCCCCACCCGCCUGCAGCCGCUCUCUUACUCCCCACCUCUUCGGAACCUUCCCGAGCGCUCCGGGUCGGCUGUGCAAGUACUACUCGAGCCGAGCCCCUUUCGGAGGAUAGUUCUGCGGUGACCACAGUCGCGUCGCCUUGCACUUCUUCUGCCCUUUCCUUGAAACGGAGGUGUGCAAAAAGUGAAGCCUUCCCGACAAAGCUUGAGAAUUCUUCAUGUCCAGCAGAUCUGGGAGGCAAGAGGCUGGAGAAAUCUGCAAUAAUGCAAGCGCUGGCAUUUAUUAUUUACCUAGGAUGUAAUCAGAAUGAUGCUGUAAUGGACUUUAGUAAGCCUUUCUUUAUGCCAAUUUAUAGUUUUGAAUUGGAGCAGCAUCAAGUGAUAGCUGAAUAUUUGACAAUCAUGCGGACUCCCAUGACUUUGACACGCUGUUUUCGCAUCUGAAUACCUGAAGCAUUUCUGAUUAAGGGAGAUGUGAUUGGUGCCCAGGAUCAAUAUGCAAGACACUAUUCUGACAGCAAUUUUGAUGGUCACAAGUCUGGAGAUAAUAUGUUUAGGAGGCAAGGCAAUAGAAGAUUCCCAGUGUCAAAGGUUUGAGCAUCCUAUUGUUACAAGUGAAGAACUGGCUCCUUGGUUACAUGUGUUCAGAUCGGAAAGUGCUGUUGACUUCUCUCAAAUAACAUUUGAUCCAAGACAAAAAGAAUUGAUUGUUGGCGCAAGAAAUUACUUGUUCAGGCUGCAUAGUGAGGAUCUUUCUCUAAUCCAGGGUGUGGAAUGGCGUUGUGAUGAGACUACUAAAAAAGCUUGUUAUAGUAAAGGCAAAUCAACGGAAGAGUGCCAGAAUUAUAUUCGUGUUCUCCUGAUUGGUGGAGAUAGACUAUUUGCAUGUGGAACUAAUGCAUUUACACCUAUUUGCACUAAUCGGACGCUAAGUAACCUGGAAGAGACACAUGAUCAGAUCAGUGGUAUGGCACGCUGUCCUUAUAGCCCCCAGCACAAUUCUACAGCUCUCCUUGCAAGCACUGGUGAGUUAUAUGCAGCAACUGUCAUGGACUUUCCAGGGAGAGAUCCUGCAAUUUAUCGCAGUUUGGGUAUUCUUCCUCCACUUCGGACUGCACAGUACAACUCUAAGUGGCUUAAUGAACCAAAUUUUGUGUCUUCAUAUGACAUCGGAAACUUCAUCUACUUUUUCUUCCGAGAGAAUGCAGUGGAACAUGACUGUGGGAAAAUAGUUUUUUCUCGGGCUGCUCGAGUUUGUAAGAAUGACAUUGGUGGCAGAUUUUUGCUGGAAGAUACUUGGACCACCUUCAUGAAAGCUCGUUUGAAUUGCUCCCACCCUGGAGAAAUUCCAUUUUACUACAAUGAAUUACAGAGUACGUUCUUCCUGCCAGAACUGGAAUUAAUCUACGGGAUCUUUACCACUAAUGUGAACAGCGUAGCUGUUUCAGCUGUUUGUGUGUUCAACAUGACCGCAAUAACUCAGGUCUUUAGUGGGUCAUUCAAAUACCAAGAAAACUCUCGUUCUGCCUGGCUUCCUUAUCCCAACCCUAAUCCUAAUUUUCAGUGUGGCACCAUGGAUCAAGGCCUGUAUUUGAAUCUGACAGAGAGGAAUCUCCAAGAUGCCCAGAAAUUUAUUUUGAUGCAUGAAGUGAUCCAACCUAUCACACCAGUUCCUUACUUCAUGGAGGACAAUAGCCGCUUUUCCCAUGUGGUUGUGGAUGUGGUACAAGGAAAAGAAAUGCUUUUUCAUAUAAUUUAUUUGGCCACAGAUCAUGGGACAAUUAAGAAAAUCCUUGCUCCAGUUAAUCAGACAGCCAGCAGUUGUUUGCUAGAGGAGAUUCACAUCUUCCCAAAGAAGCAAUGGGAGCCCAUCAAGAGCCUUCAGAUUUUACACAGUCAGAGUGCUCUCUAUGUGGGUCUUCAGAGAAGUGUGGUGAAGAUCCCACUGAAGAGAUGCCAGUUUUAUAAAACAUACAGCACAUGUGUUGGAUCCCAGGAUCCUUAUUGUGGCUGGGACUUGGUGCUAAGGAAAUGCACACCAUUGGAAGAAAGCGUGAGCAUGAGUCAAUGGGAGCAAAGCAUCUCUCUCUGUCCAAAGAGGAAUUUGACUGUGGAUGGCCAUUUUGGUUCCUGGUCAGAAUGGAAGCCUUGUACACAUGUAGAUGGAUCAAGUGUAGGCAUUUGCCUCUGUAGAACACGCUUAUGUGACAAUCCGGUUCCAAAAUGUGGGGGUCGCCAGUGUGAAGGGUCAAGUAUUGAGAUUGUUAACUGCUCUAGAAAUGGAGGGUGGACUCCAUGGUCAGCUUGGUCUCCUUGCAGCACCACUUGUGGAAUAGGCUUUCAAGUACGUCAGCGUUCCUGCAAUAACCCAAGCCCUCGCUACGGAGGCCGUGUAUGUGUUGGGCAGAACCGUGAAGAGAGGUACUGUAAUGAGCAUUUGUUGUGUUCUCCGCAUGUGUUCUGGACUGGCUGGGGUGUAUGGGAACGUUGUACAGCCCAGUGUGGAGGAGGCAUUCAGGCUCGGCACCGAACUUGUGAAAAUGGUCCAGAUUGUCCGGGCUGCAGUGUUGAGUAUCAGGCUUGCAAUAUCAACCCUUGUCCAGAACUGAAGAAGACAACUCCUUGGACUCCGUGGACACCAGUGAAUAUCUCUGACAAUGGUGGGCACUAUGAACAACGAUUCCGAUACACUUGUAAGGCACGCCUUCCUGAUGCAAGUUUGUUAGAUGUGGGAAGACAACGGAUUGAAAUGCGCUAUUGUUCAAAGGAUGGUGCCACUGGAUGUGCAACUGAUGGCGAUCUUUUGCAUUCUGGGCAUCGUUCCACUCACACUAUCAAUGGUGCUUGGUCCCCCUGGUCUCCAUGGUCUCAGUGUAGUCGUGACUGCAACAGAGGUAUUCGGAACCGCAAACGAAUUUGCAAUAAUCCUGAGCCAAAGUAUGGGGGAUUGCCUUGUCUGGGACCUCCCCUGGAAUACCAAGAAUGCAACAUCCUUCCAUGCCCAGUUGACGGAAGUUGGUCCUGUUGGUCGUCAUGGUCCAAGUGCUCUGCUACUUGUGGAAGUGGCCAUUAUAUGAGGACUCGCUCCUGUACAAACCCAGCACCGGCUUAUGGAGGUGACAUCUGUUUAGGGCUCCACACCGAAGAAGCACUUUGCAAUACAGAACAAUGCCCAGAUAGUUGGUCAGACUGGUCAGAUUGGUCAGGCUGUGAUGCAUCUGGAGUCCAGGUCCGCACUCGCCAGUGUAAUAUUUUAUUUCCUGUGGGUCAGCAGUGCUCUGGGAAUACGACUGAAAGUCAGCCGUGUGAUUCUGAUUCCAAUUUCAUACCAGAUAUAACUGUUGCAAGAACCAGCAGUAUCAAAGAAAAAAGAUGUGGUGAAUUUAAUCUGUUCCACAUGACUGCUGUGGGGCUGAGUAGCUCAAUUCUUGGAUGCCUUCUGACUCUUCUGGUUUACACUUAUUGCCAGCGAUAUCAGCAACAGUCUCAUGAUGCCACUGUCAUUCAUCCAGUAUCCCCAGCACCUCUGAACACCAACAUCACCAAUCACCUCAACAAACUGGACAAAUAUGAUUCUGUAGAUGCCAUUAAGGCAUUUAAUAAAAAUAAUCUCAUCCUAGAAGAACAAAACAAGUACUUCAAUCCACAUCUUACUGCAAAAGCGUAUUCCAAUGCCUAUUUUACAGAUUUGAAUCACUACGAUGAAUAUUAAAAAGGCAUCUGCUAAUUUCAUAUGGGUCUCCAAGAUGUGAACCCUCUGUGUGAAUAUCAAAUUGUUAAUACCAUGUUGUUGCCAGCUUUAACACAACAAAAAGCACUCAGUUGUGUUGGUACAAUCUUGCAGUAAAGAAACAACUUUGGUAAUGCAAUAUUUGUAUUGUGUUGUACAUUGGAACUAUACAUGCAAGAAAUGAAAUGUCUUGUGUAGGACACUUUGAGGCUUGCUAUCAUCCUACUAAUUCAUCUCUUCAGUUUCUCAAAUAUGUAUGGGAAGGGCCAUACAUUGCCUUCUGGAUGCAGCAUUCUUAUUUGCCUAAGAGACAACUCUUCCAUGAAUGGGAAGCCAAACGAGAGAAAAUAACAGAUUAUUGAAUGAAAUUACUAUUAGCAGCAGAAGCCUUAAGCACUUCAUCCUCCAUGCCAGACCAGAAUAUUGAUGCAGUAUGUCCUAAAGAAACUGGUACCUUGUAUGGCUACACCAUUAUGGUGGAAGCUACAUAGCUGGCCUGUGCCACAGAGGAACAGAAGAACAAGUAACAUAGCAAAUCUAGAAAUAGGCAGGCACUGUUUGUUUCAAUCGGCCAGGAUGGGACGAUUCAUAGAAAAUAAAUAAGGGUUCACUGUAUUCUGCAUGAUAUUGGCAUAAAGUUCUGUACCAAGCAAGGAUGCCUGCAUCUUGGGCACCAGUUUCCAGCUGUAUGUAAGGAUCCACCUGGAAUGUUCAUUAUGAAAUUGACAAACUGUGUUUUAUAUUUUUGUUGCUUUUAUGUACUGACAAAAAAGGAUAAAAACUGCAAAAGGGAAACCAAAGCAGCAACAAAAACCUUACUCUAAGGCAUAUCAAACUUCAAACAGCUGAUUUCUUAAACUCAGCCCUAAACAUUCUGUAUGGAAUAAUAUUGUUCAAUCUUUCUAUUACAACUCUAAAGAACCAGGGUGGCACUCUACCUUUCAAAAGAGUAAAUUGUUUUGCAAUACCCUCUGCCGCCUCCUCUGCCAUUGAAUUGUUUAUUCCCUUGAAUAUUUUGGGCCAUUAUAAUUUCAUUUGAAAAUUACAUUAUUGCAUUUUUUACAGUGAUAAUUUUCCCAAAAACUUUCUGCAUACCCCUGUUUUUUAAAUGUUUUCCUAGGAAGGCAUAUCCCCCAGUUUCUAAACUCUGCUGUAUUGUAUUUAACUUUAUUGUAUAUCCACCAAAUUAAACUCCCACCUCCAAGUUUCAGAACUAAUUUUAGUUGAAAGAGUAAUCAUGUGCCAGCAAAGGGCCCCAAAUUUUAUUGAAACCCCCUCCUUAAUUAUCCACCACUAAAAUAAAAAUAAAAACUUUGUAAAAUGUUUAGAUGGUACUUAUUGAGUUAAUGAAUAUAAAUUAUUAUAUAAAGAAAAUAUAAUGUGGUUAUUAAAACUUUUAAAUGCCAGUAUUAAAAAGGCUCUAGAUCACCACAUAUUUUGAAGUUUUACUGAUUUAAAUUACUCCACCUUGGUAAAUUUUGAAUUUCCAAUAAUAAAUACUUGACCAAGACAUCUUUUGAAUAAAAUAUAUCUCUUGUAUAGAAGAAUAUAGAAUGGUGGGUGGGCAGUUAUUUAAAAAAAAUGUUUUCAAUUUGGCAAGUAAUUACUUUUUAAAUGUCCAUCUAAAUUUUUUUUUUACAUUCCAUGAUAAAGACAGCAUGCUUUUUAAAAAAAACAUAUUAAAAUAUAGCCAAGGAAUUAAAAGAAAUUGAGACAUCCUAUUUAGGAACGAAAAACUCCAUGAUAAAUCACAAGAAAAGAAACUAGUUAUAAUCCUAGUGAAUGAGAUGUGUUGAAAAUAUAUACAAGAACAUUCCUCAUCACAAGCCAAGUAGCCCUUCAAUCUCCAAAAGAUAUGAAAAUAAAAAAGUUAAACUAUAAAAACAACUUUGCUAUGAAUAAGCAAUGAACAUCUGUAUAGCUACUACAUCCAAAACAGAUAAACAACCCUUCAGAGCAUAUUCCUGCAAUAAACAAAAAUAAAAUUGGGAAACUUGUUGAAUGAUUUCAUGUAUGGAAGCUAAUCCGGAAAAGUAAUGAUCAUCUUUACAUUUCAAUUUGAAGAUUCCAUUUGCCAAGAUUAAAUGCAGAAUAAGAUCCCAUGCUUUACUGUAAAUCCUAAAACACUCAUAACAACAAGUGUAGCUUUCUUUCCUGAGCACAAAUGGAAACCUAUAUGGUUUCAGUUUCCAGCUUGACUACAAAUCAAGUCUAAACUCUCCAUAAUAAUUACUGUAGACCGAUCUUACUCAAUGUUUCAGAAAUGGUUAGAAAUGGUAAAUUAUUUCUACGAAAUAGAUCUUAUAAACAGGUCCCUUCAUCGUGAAGAGCCUUUCUUAAUUCAGCAGAUGGCUUGUGCCUGCCUGCCUGCAGAUCCAUUCCUGCUUUUGCCCUCCUUUUCUUAAGAGCAGAUGGAAAAGCACAAGUGCUUCUAUUUUUAAUACUGUUUUAAAAAUCAAGCUAAAAUGUAAAACUGUGGCGUGUAUUAAGCAAACCAUUAUUAUAAUUUGAUGCAUCAAGAUUGUAAUCCUCUACUUUAUUUGUCAGGGAAUAAAUCCAGUGCACUGUGGGAGUGAUUUCUGAAUAGACAUAAGUAUUGUAUACAAUACAUUGUAUACAAGUAUUGUAUUCAUAAGUGAACUUUGUCAUCAGCAUGUAAAUAGAGGAAGUGCUUACUUGUAUAUCAAUUUUAUAUUUCUCCUGGCAGAUUUAGUAUCAGUUGGGGGAAAACAGCAAGCUUGGUUUUGCACCAGUUCACUGCUGCCUUGUCAUAAGGCAACAUUAUCCAUAGAGAUAUCAUUUUCUUUAACAAAUAAUUCAAUGAUUCUGUUCCUAGAACAAGGGGUUUUAUCAAAUAUGUUGGCCCACAAACCAUAAAAUAAUUUUCACUUCCUUAAGGAUGCAUCAAAUGAGAGGCUGCAUCUUUUACAUUUAUAUUCUCUUGGCUACAUGCCUUGCAUUUGAAGAUGAGGGUCUCAGGUCAUCUCUUUUCCUACUAUCUAACCAGCUUAAAUUCAACUGUGGAUGGCAGUUUUACCUCAAUGAAAAAGGCCUCCUUCCUGACAACAAGGGGAUUAUUACUACCCAUCAAUAGUGGGCAUACAGUUGCAAAGUUGCCUUUAUAUAAGGGGAGAGCCAGUUUUUGUAAAUUGAACAAGUGAGCAGGGCUGGGGCCACAAAUGAAAUCUUGCCAGCUUUUUUUUUGACAACCAGAAAAUUUGUUUCUCUAAAAAAAAUUGUCUAUCAAUUAGAUCAGACACCAAAAGUGAUAUUAUAUGUUAUUGAUAGGCAGCAAUAAUAGAAUCUUGCAAGAUACUUUGUAUUUUCCUCCCCCCACCCCCUUCAGUCCCACCAAAUCAGGGAGGGCUAUCCUUAGUCUCAAUACAACCUGUCCCUAGCAUUCAAGGUAUGUUUUUGUCUCUUUUUCUUACAAAACGACUUAUGAAUAUUUGUUUCCAGCCACCUCCUUGGCUCUUUACAAAUAAAGAUGUUUAUUAAUGUGUCAUGGUAAACAUAAGCGCUAGUGUAGCAUUUGAAAUCUUCUAAUUGCAUGCAGUUUAACAAGUGCCAUGAAAAGCAUUCUCUUAACUCCUACUUCAGUUGCCUAAUUCUCUUCUGAGCCUAUGAACAUCUUAGACUUUGUGUAUCAGGGCAAAACCAAGAAGCAGAAUCUUCCUUUCCAUGAAAUAAUAGGCUUCAUGGAGGGCAGAGUACAUUAGAACACACAAUGGAUUAAUGUCAAGAACUAUGGAGGAUUAAUGUAUCUGAUACACACACACCCUUAAGGAUGCUUGUGGAAUAGCAGCAGUUAAUUUCCCCCAUGGAAUGUUUGCUUGCAGCCACCUCUAUUCCAUCAGGAAAAUGGCCAUUUUCACCCAUAAUCAGAGGCUGUAGAGAACCAUCAAGGGCCCUAUAUGGUCUAGCACAAGGAUGUCCAAUCUUGGCAGCUUUAAGACUUGCAAACUUCUACUCCCAGAAUUCCCCAGCCACCCAUUCUGGCUGGGAAAUUCUGGAAGUUGAAGUCCACAAGUCUUAAAGUUGCCAAGUUUGGACACCCUUGCUCUAACAGCAAUGCUAAUGUUCAGAUUUGGAAAUUCAAUUCACCUAAAGGGCGGUCAGAUCUUCUCCAUGCUGUAGAAAAUAUUGCAUUUUCUUCCUUUAUAUUCCUGUUGCAUAUAUUGGGCAGCAAACUCACACCUCUAUGCUCAAAGCAAGGAAAAUUCAGUAAGGGAAAUUAACUCACAAAGUAACUAAAUUUAAUAGGGAGUAUUUCCCUAGCAAAGCCUCUUCCCUUUGCCCACCCAGUUGACAUUGACAGAAUUUAUGAUUUAGGACAAUUGUAGAAGAAAAACAAGCAUCUCAAACAGAAUUUUAUUACAAAACUUUCAUUAAACAUGGAAAAUGCAGUAAAAUAUAUAUUUUAUAUUUUCAGCAAAACUACUACUCUCCCUUUUCAUCCAAUGGGAAAGGACUAUAUUUAAGCUUAAAAACUUGGAUUCUUAACUUAACCCCACACAUCUCUCUGAAAACAAUCUAUCCAGCCUCUCUCCCCUUCAGAUCACUGGAUGAAAAACAAGGGGAAGUCCUCUUCAGAACAGGCAUGAACCUUUAUGCAAUUAUCACCAUCACUGCAUAGUUCUCCAUCUGUUUCACUCCUUCAUGGUUCUUUCUGCCAAACUCCACUUGCGGAAAGAAGGAUUCCACCCCCCCACCCCAGUACGGUAGAACUGACAAGGAAGAACUGAUUUAUGGGUACCGGUAGUUGUUGAUUACUCGUUCAUUAACUGUUCAAAGUUACAGCAGUUGUGAAAAUGGAAGAUCUACAACCAGCCCUUGCAGUAUCCCCAUGGUCAUUGGAAUUUGUGCUCAUUUAUGAUGAUUGAGCACCUGUAAUCAUGAGACUGCCAUUUGCGACCUUCACAGAGGCUUUGAGCAAACAAAAAAUGGGAUAACAGGCAGGAAGUUGCAAGUUGCAGUCACAUGACCUCACACGACUACUGGGAUUUGCUUCAUGACCAUAUCUUGAAAUUAAAUCAGAGAUCACCUGAUAGCUCAUUUUACAAAAGGAUGGGAGGCAAAUGGGUCAAAUUAUGUUUCAUUUUAUGAUUGCAUCGCUUAGCAACAAUGUUGCUGGUCCCAAUUAUACUGUGAAAGUGAGGACUGCUUGAACUGUGGUGGGCUACAGCUAUAGGAGAGACCCAGAAAUUUGAUAAUUAUGUUUUUGUAGAUCGGCCAUAAAGUUUUAAUGUUUCUUCAUAGUACAAGAGAAAGAAACCUUACUUCAUAGUCAUCACAUGGAAAUUAAUGAGUUGCUAGGCUACCAGAAAUUUGUUCCAUGCUUGUAAGCAGAAUAAUAUUUUAGAGAGCCAAUCUCAUUUACGUUUUAGACUUUUCCCUGCAACUAAUGAAAUAAAAGACCCUCAAACUGAAAUUCUAUCAACACACAAUUGGGUUAUGAUCCCUGGUGUGCUCUUCAUAUUUGUCAUGGAGUUGUUAGGACUUCACCAUCUAAGUGAAAAAAAACAUUGUUAGGAAAAGGCAAUUCCUGAAAUUGAACCUAAGCCACAAUCCUAUAGUUGGAAGUAUGGCCUAAUAAAUUCAAGAGGUUUUACAGUAUAUCUAAGUAGGAAUGCAUAGCCUUGUAUAAAAAGUAUGGGAUAAUUGCAUUCUAGGAUGGCCGAUUACUUAUUUAAAAAGCUAUUUUGCAUGACUUUGUCUUAGUUUUGUGCACCCUGGAAUUUAUAGUGAUAAGAACACCAUUGGGAAGUUAGAAGGAGAAUUGAUCUGAUUCUCCAGAGCCUACUGCAUAAAAGGGGAUAUUUCAGAAAUGUUUAUUUUUGCAAUUGAUGCUACCUUUGUGGACUACUGCUGUCAACCUGUACAUUUGUAAAUAAACAGAUUGCUAAUAAAGCUGUCAUUUCUAACUUC